AUGUCCAAGGCGCUAGUGAGCGAGAGCCACCCAGCAGGCCUGCAGGCUGAUUGUGAGGGCGGCUCCAGAAGGAAGACGUGGGGGCUGUUGGUCACUGCUGGUGUCGGUGGGACCUUGGUGGCACUCUAUGCUGUGGUCACCCCCUUUGUGACCCCGGCCCUGAGGAGGGUGUGCCUGCCCUUUGUUCCUGCAACUUCCACUCAGAUCCAGAAUGUGCUGCAAAUGUUAGAAAACAGAAGUGGCUCCCUAGUUGACAUUGGUAGUGGGGAUGGCCGCAUUGUGAUAGCAGCUGCAAAAAGGGGAUUCAAAGCUGUUGGUUAUGAAUUAAAUCCCUGGCUAGUCUGGUACUCUAGAUACCGUGCCUGGAGGGAUGGGGUACACCACAACACCAAAUUUUAUAUUUCAGACUUAUGGAAGGUUUCUUUUUCCCAUUAUACAAAUGUUGUUGUUUUUGGGGUACCUCAAAUGAUGCCACAGUUGGAGAAGAAGCUAGAAGAAGAACUUGAAUGCAAUGCCAGAAUCAUUGCCUGUCGUUUUCCUUUCCCUUACUGGAUCCCAGAUCAUACUACUGGAGAUGGAAUAGACACUGUGUGGGCCUAUGAUUUGAAACAUUCUAGAGACUGUGAAACAAAAAGCGUGGAAAUUACACCAGAAACAGAAUCCUAAACAUCUAAUUUGUUUUUGUACUGAAAUUUUUGACUU